CUCACAAGCACAAGAAGCACGACACCUUGCAGCCCUGCGACACCGAGUACCCCGUCUUCGUGUACGAGCCGGCCAUCAAGGAGACCAACGGGCUGAUCGAGUGUGGAGAUUGCCAAAAGAUGUUUGUGGCACAGCCAAUCCCCAGCAGUAACCUGCUCCUCCUCAUCAUGGAUGCCACCUGUGACUGCAGCAUCUUCCCACCUGUCGUCCUGGAUGUGAAAGAAGUCAAAUAUAACGCUUCAGUGAAGUGUGAACGGAUGCGGUCCCAGAAGCUGAGGCGACGGCCGGACACGUGCCACGCGUUUCACCCCGAG